AAACAAGUAACCAAAUAAUAUAUAAAGAGAAAAAGUUAUACUUCGCUUUAGAAAAUAAAAAUCUAUCUAGGAUUAGGCCAUCCUUUAAAAUAUUGUGCCGGCCAGCUUGAGGAAUCCUUGAAAGCAUGUAGGUUAGAUAUGCUUAUAUGCUUCUUAAUUGAACAAAGGACGCAUAUGCUCGAUUGGCUCUAGUAUUCUUAAACCUUUAAUUGAGAGAGGACCAGCCAAGCAUCUGGUUAGUAUGGAUCCAUCCACAUCCAAUUCUAUGAGUCUUGAUUUGUACAAAGCCGCUGAAGAUGGGAUAAUUGAUCCAUUCAAGAAUUAUGCAGAGCCUCUAAAUCUUCUCUUGACCCCAAUUAAAGACACAAUCUUGCAUCUCUACUUGUCCACUCCAACCCAAAGAUCAACUCAUUUCGUGCAAGAAUUACUUAAUAUUUGUCCUUCUCUUUUAUUACAUACCAAUUCCAAUGGCGAUACUCCUUUACAUGUUGCAACAACAUACGGGCAUUCCAAUAUAGUGGAAUUAUUUGUUCAGCAAGCAAAAACUCAACAUCCUAAUGAUCUGGAGAAUGGAGUUGUAGGAGCAACGGGAAUGCUGAGGAUAAUCAAUAACAAGAAGGAAACAGCUUUACACGUGGCUGCUCGAAAUGAUCAUCUUAGUAUAGUUGAAGUAUUGACAAAUGAGGAUCCUCAUUUUCUGUACUCUGGGAAUGAUAGUGGAGAAACUCCACUUUACUUGGCUGCGGAGAGAGGACAUCUAGAGGUUGUCAUCAAGAUACUCAACACUUGCACAUCUGUAGCUUUUGCAGGCCCUAAUGGCAAAACAGCUUUACACGCAGCAGCAAUGAACCGUCACAGAGGAGUUGUACAAGAAAUAUUGAAGAAUAAAACGAGCUUAAAUAAUGAAGCAGACGAGAAUGGAUGGACUGCUCUUCAUUAUGCAGCAUAUAUUGGUUCGAGUCAAGUAGUGGAAGAACUAUUGGAAUACAAUAAAUAUGUUGCAUAUAUGACCGAUAAUGUAAGGAAAAGAACAGCUCUUCACUUGGCUGCUUGCAAAGGCAAUCGAAAAUCAAUGAGACAGAUUAUAUCUAAAUGUCCAGAUUGCUUCAAACUUGUUGACGAUAGAGGUUGGAGCGUUUUUCACUACGCAGCGAUCAGUAGAAGUGACGAUGCGUUAAAAAUAGUGCUGCAAAAUCCAUCCUCCAUGUACUUAAUAAAUGGGAAAGAUGUUAGAGGGAACACACCUCUCCAUUUUUUGGCUGUUUUGAAUGCGCGACCCAUUUCCCCCUUUCUCAGGCCCCUUGCAAAGGGCGAUCCUUUGGUUCAAUACGAACAUAAUUUCUUCGAUAUUUACCGAUUAUGCCGACGUUCUCCAGCCCUUAAGAAAGAAAUUUUAGAAUGGAUCGAAGACCUUGGUAUAGGACCAUUAGGGAAAACUAUUAUAGGGAAGGAUGCUUUUGUGGCUACUUACGGUGAAGCUAGCGACUCUAAGCUAAUAGUGGCAGCGCUAGUGGCAACAGUAACCUUCGCCGCAGCAUUCACAUUACCUGGUGGUUACAAAAGUGAUGGAAAUGAAAGAGAUCAAGGCAGUGCAAUUCUUAGUAAAAAUUCAAGUUUCAUAGCAUUUGUCGUAGCAGAUGCCAUAGCCAUGGUGCUCUCUACAUCUUCUGUCUUAAUCCAUUUUAUGUUGCCCUUAUAUGGAUAUCGAGCAAGAUUUGCAUGGUUAAUGGAAUAUGAAGACAUGUUGAUCGUAUAUGCCAUCGGAGCAAUGGUUGUUGCAUUUGUAACAGGCACAUUUGCAGUGUUAGCGACUUCCUUAGGGCUUGCCAUUACCACUUGUGUCAUUGGCUUAAGCUUCUUUGUCUUUGGAGGUUAUACAGCAAAAGGGCUUCAAUCAAGUAUUUAUAGGUUUAGUGGCAUUUCAAGUAGGAAUUGAAUUGUUGUUUUUUGGAUUCAAUAAGUUGAAAAAUUCUCGUUGCAUUUUUUGUUGAACAUGAUUUUUUGUUCCAUUUCAUGUAUCAUAUUUUAGAAAA